AUGCCAGUAGUCAAUCAUGAAGGUAGCGAGUUCCAUCUCUCGCACACGGAGGAGGACAAGUUGAACGAGUUCCAGGUCAUCACGGAUUUCCCCCCAGAGGACUUGCCAGAUGUGGUGAAACUGCUGAGGAACCACGGUUGGCAGUUAGAGCCUGCACUGAGCAGGUAUUUCGAUGGGGAAUGGAAGAAUGGUUCCGAAGAGGUGAUGAGGGAGGCCACGCAUACGCCCUCGCGCGUAGCGGAUAGCUUGGCUCCACCGGUGUUGGGCCCCAGACCCUUGUCAUUUACAACUUCAUUGCCCGUCGUCAGACCUUUGCCGGCAAACUUCCGUCAUGAUUUCAGGACCAUUGGGUUGAACGGGCGCUCCAACACAGUGUGGUCUAUGUUCGAAUCUUUCAGUUAUGAUGGUAACCCCUUUCUUUUCGUAUUGCUGUUGAUCCCGCGAAUAAUUAAUAGGUUGUCUGCCACGAUAUUCACGUUCUUCUGCACUCUAUUGUCUUUGCAUUCGAUGAGUGGUGGCGGCAGCUCAGACAAGCCCAAGAUCUCCAAAGUCCCCAAAGCACCUACCAGAGAAACCCACAUCCCGGUCGCUGAAGUACUGGGCGAUACGAAAGACAAGGACGAAUUUUGUCAACUGAAAAGCUUCGACCCGGACAUCUCCUUCAAUGAAGCAUUGCGCAUUGCAAAAGAGGAGUUUAAAUUUAUCUUGCUCGUCCUGGUGGGCGAUACGUGCGACGCCGACGCUGACGCUGACGCCGUAGAUGUUAACUCUAGGUUACUAUUGGAAAAAAUUCUGUUGAAUAAAAAGACCGUACAGUACCUGCGCAAGAUUGACGAUGAGCUCAUCAUUUAUUUGAAGUGCGUCCAAGAGUUGGAACCUUGGCUGAUCGCUCAGCAGCUGGGUGUCAGAAACACACCAGAAAUAUAUCUCAUUGCAAACGUGUCUAACAAGACUUCCCACUCAGAAACCGUGUCUUCACAAAGGCUUUCCAUUCUCAGCAAAUUGAGGAUUAAUUCGUUGAACAAGUUUUUACAGUCGUUGACAAAUGCGGUGGAAAGAUACAGCCCAGAAUUAGUUGUUAACAGAACAGAAAUGCACGAACUACGGAUGUCAAGGGAAAUCAAAAAACUGCAGGAGGACGCAUACAUGAAAUCACUUGAAAUGGACAGAGUCAAAGCCAUAGAAAGGGAAAAGAGCCUGAAACUAGCGCAAGACUUGAAGUUGAAGUCGACUGGCCAGCAAUUAAACUGGUUAAAGGCCUGCGUUGACGAACUUCAGCCUUUGGAGACUACAGAAGCCCAAACUACUCUGCAAUUCAGAACCUCGAGUGGUAAAAGAUUCAUCAAAAAGUUCCCUUCUAUGACCACGCUUUACCAAAUCUACCGAUCCAUCGGAUGCCACAUAUACCUCGAAGUAUACUCCAGCGACCGUGCCGAAUGGGUCAGCGCCCUUCAGGAGAAGAUAAGCCAGUUGGCCGCAGACGAUGGUGUGCUCUGCUUCAAACACGAGCAACUCCAUACAAGCACUACUACCACUAUUACUGCCGAUGAGCUCGGUGACAUCAUCAACAACGAGCUUGCCUCUUUCGAUCUCGAGCAAGGUAAACUCGAAUUCAACUUCGAGUUGGUGUCGCCUUUCCCUAAGUACACCGUGCAUCCCGACGAAGAGAUAUCUGUGGGCCAAGUGCUCCAAUUAUGGCCCAACGGCAGUCUUUUAGUGGAAGCUUUUGUUGAAGAAGAAGAAGAAGAAGAAGGUGAGAAACAAUGA